AUGUAUGGAAGAAAGCGAAAGCCUCCCACACAUAAGGAGUGUGCUUUUCAAACGAUGCUCAAAAUGCGGUACGCUGCUGGAGCCAUAUUCGUAAGCAAAAUGUUUGACCAGAUAUGUCCUAAUGAAUUGAAACACUCACUGGAGAUGAUACUGUUACAGGCAUCGAAGAACUCAGUUCUCGACAUGGUGAAGGAUUUGCGAGAAGCAUUCGAGGAAAUGCUUAUCGCGAAUGAUUGGAUGGACGAGACCACAAAAAAGCGGACAACAUCGUCGAACAAGGAGACUAAGAAACCUCACCACUACGAAGACGUCGAAAUGCGCUACCAUUCUAGGGAUGACGUUCGAGACUUGUCGAAGGCAGAGAAGUACUAG